AUGCACCGCCCCCUCCCUCCCUCCCCAAAGCCCCAACCCGCGCGGAAGCGCCUCAUCAUCUGCUGCGACGGCACCUGGCAAUCCGCCGUCGACGGCCAAGAGAGCAUUCCCUCGAACGUGAUCCGGCUCUGCCGCGCCAUCGACAGCGUCGGGAUCGACCCCGUGGACCACCAGCCCUGGCAGCAGAUCGUCUGGUACGACUCCGGCGUAGGCACCAACACCACGGCGGCGGGUCCGCUCCGCAACUUCGUCGAGGGCGCCCUGGGCAAAGGGCUGGAGGGCAACAUCGUCGAGGCCUACCACUUCUGCGCCCUGAACUGGAAUCCGGGCGACCAGAUCCUGUGCUUUGGGUUCUCGCGCGGCGCCUACACGCGCGCUGAUGCGUAUUAUGAAUUUUUCAGGGGGCGCCGAUCGUCCUUUGGCGGAGAAGAGGGGGAGGUGGAUGGGGAAGAAGAAGAAGAGGUUUCUUGGGAAUCGGCCGCAGAAUGGGCAUCGACACCCGAAUCACGCCAAGUCCAAGUGGUUGGGGUCUUCGAUACCGUGGGCAAUCUGGGCUUCCCCGAGCUGUUUGGUCAUGAGCUCCCCGCGUGGCUGACCUGGACUGAUAAGCCUGAAUGGCAUAAUGUUGGCCUUUCGCCUAAUAUCAAGAAUGCAUUCCAAGCGCUGGCGCUGGACGAGCAUCGACGACUGUUCCGCCCAGCCAUGUUCUUCGUCCCAACGCCGAAAACUAUCACGGAGAGCCGAUCUCGAGAGAUCAAGUACCAGGCACGCGACGCCACCCGUCAGUGGCUAAAACUCGUAAGAAGCGGCACCGCCAGCAUCGGGGAGCUGCAGGCAGCCGAGAAACGACGCAACGCGGCUGCACGCGAGCUGUUGGAGUGUGAGGACAGCGAUAAGGAACCAUCCCAGCUAACGCAGGUCUGGUUCCCGGGGUUCCACAUCCACAUUGGAGGUGGAUCCAGUCAGACCCUCAAGAACAAGGGCAACAUGGAAGAGAUGUCCCACAUCGUCUUCGCGUGGAUGCUGGACCAGAUCCAGGGGUAUGUUUCCCUCGACCGCGAGCUCCUCCAGCUCGAGGAAAAGACCCGGGAGGAUCAGCGUCGCUGGCAGUCCGAAUCCUGGGCCCAGUGGCUGUGGCGUACGGGGCAGGGUCUGGUUGCCGCUGUUCAGCACCCGCUCACCCCUUCGGUCGGUGCUCCUCCGGCCUAUCGCCAGAUCCGUCAGUAUGGCUGGGCCACCGGUGACUUGCCCGACAGCUUCGACUUCACCUACCGCCUCAACGGGUCGCUGGCGCGCAGGCCGCGUCGCUAUUUUCGGGAUGCGUGCACGAACGAGAUUCUCGGGCAUACUUGCGAGUACAUCCAUCCAACGGUGGGGUUUCGGCUGAAGCACGUGUCGGGGUAUCGUCCGGCUGGCCUGCAUGAGGGCCAGUAUGCUCGUCUGCUGAGGGCUGACGGCCAGGGCUAUGAGUAUCGCUUUAGAUACCCGGGUGCGAAGGAUGAGGAGGUCUUGCCCGAGUGGGAGAUGGCAAGAGAUGAGCUCUCCUGGGAGCGGUGGUUUGUGAAGGGAAAGGAGGCGUUGGCGUAUAUGGACAGCCUACUCUACUGA